AGAAAGGUGGGCUUGCCGAAUAAAAAAAGGCAGGGCAGUCUUCGAGCAAAUAAUCCUUUCGUGUUUGCUUUUUGUUUUCACAAACACGAUCUUAAUUUUUGCGAUUUCAUUAAUAUUUCGAGCCCGAUUAUAAUGCAGAGAAUUCGGCAACUUUGUCCUUUAGCACGAGUCUCAUCAUCAGUCAAAUUCUCUUCGUCUGCUGCACAGCAAAUUGAAAAAAAUCUUAAUGAAAAGGAACCGCCGACCAAAAGCGUUUUAAACAACAGAAAUCCUAGAAAUUUGGAACGACUGCGAAUUGCAUGGAAACCCCAGGGCUAUCACUUAGAAAAACCUGGCAGAACAUACUGGCACAAGUUGGUCCUGAAGCAGUCACAGCGACAUAUUACGGCCCAAGUAGUUCAUUUCACUGGAAAAGUUGUUGUUGAAGCAUCAACAGAAGAAUGGUGCAUUAAAAAGCAUUUAUAUAAUCCGAGUGAUGUGUCUGCUUACAAAAAUCUGGCUAAAAUCUUAGCUCGUCGUUGCAUGGAGUUUGGUUUGCUUGAAAUGGAAAACUCUGUGAGUGAUUAUGAUCCAGAGACAAAGGUUGGAAAGUUCAUAAAAGUAGUCGAGGAUGAGGGCAUAUCCUUAAAAGAACCUAAACGUUAUCUGCAUGCUCAGCCUUUCCAUCAGUUGAGACCAGAGAAGCCAUGGGUUGUAACUGAAGAUUAGAUAGCUUUUUUGUUGGUUGAAUAAAACAAGUUUUGAUUUAUAUUACAAGUA